GGGACUGUCGUUGCUCUGUAAUAGGGUCACCGGCGGGCUGCGGCAUGCCUCGGGAGCCCCUCGUCGUUUGUCACUGUUCAGCUACAGAUAGGCAGCCUAUACCGCCGGGUCGGUGCCUCCCUUCUCUGUGUUAAGGAUGGAGGUUCUUGCCCGCCGGCUUUGUGAGGCUGUGGAGAACGAAGACGCACAGGAGGUCGAAGAUCUAUUGCAGUCCGGUGCAGAUCCAAACUUUGUCCUUCCCAAUAAUGGCAUUGCGGCAAUUCAUCUGGCUGCAGGGAAGGAGAGUGAGAGUGCUCUCCGUUGCUUGACUUUGAUACUGCAGCAUGGGGGAAAUCCCAACGUCCGGUCAAUAGAGGAGCUGACACCAGUACACGUAGCUGCCUCCUGGGGAUGUUGCAAGGUCCUGGUCGCCUUGCUCCGAAUAGGUGGUGACCCUACUUUGCAAGAUCAGGAUGGGAACACAGCAUCAGACCUUGCACUGAUGGAAAGAAAUCGGAGGUGCGUUGUGGCUCUACAAGAGUAUAUUGAGAGGAGUACAUUGAAAGAUAAGAAUUGUGGCCUUUGUGACUCAAUUUUAUCUGAUGACAUCACUCAUAUAAGCAAUAUAUCCCUCCUGCUCGAGUCCUCCUACAAGCACUCUCCAUUUAACAGCACCAGCAUCUUCCCUUUGGCUCCUAUUCCUGUACAUAGGAACAUAGGAGAACACAUGGACAAUGCAGCGCUUUCAAGUCGGAUAGAAUUUUCUGGUUUGGGUGUAAAAGAGUCCGAAAUGAAGGGAUAUUCUGAAAUCCUAAACAAUAUACAAGUAUCUAUGUCUAAUGGUGCAUAUCUCUUAUGUCUGAAUUCAAAUAAAGCUCCAAAUACAAAUGUGGACUGUAGUUUGGUGCAGUCGGUUGCUUUAACAGAAAAUUGUACAAACCCAAAAGAUUCACUUGAGAGCAACAUUGUCCUGUACGAUGAUGGAGCCAAAAUGGACUUGCAUGCUGCUACCAGCAGCUUGAUGGACCCCAAGAUGUUCUCUGUAAGAAUUGCAGAUUUUGAUGUUACAUCUCCAGACCAUGUCUACGUAUACAGCAGAGAAUCUUCUAGUUAUGAGGAUAUAGAGAACACCUUUGUUGUGCUAGAUAAGGAAAGAGAGGAACAUACAGGAAAGGACGUAAGCUGCAGUACCACAUAUAAUAGCUGUCAAAGUGAAUCCCCUAGCUUGGGGGAAAAUUCUUGCAAUCUUAUGAGAGUGAAAGGAAUAAACAGCCACUUCUUGGAUAAAGACAUGACCAGAACAUGUAGUAAAAGUGUUAAGGAUGCUGAGGCUCCUUUAGAAGCAAAGUCAUGUAAUACACUGGAUUUGAAGGUACCAGCAAUGGAAGCAACUUCAUUAUUGCAAAAAAGAGACAUUGUCAUGAAUACCAGAGUAAAUAUGUCAGCUUGUUCACCAAAUUCCAAUGCCCACAACAAAGGAACAAGCAGAGUACUAGGGUCAAGCCAAACCCAAAUAGUAGAGGCAUCUCAGAGAGCUAUAGAACCAUCUCCCACUGUAUCGAUAGAUGGAGCUGCUGAGUAUUACAACCAAGAAAGAGACAACCAAUGUCUCAAAAAUCAGUUGAAGAACAUGAUGUUCUUAACCAAAGCUCAGACAUCAGACCAAUCCCAGCAUCACACAGCAUCUAUGCAAGAGCAGUUUGGAAUCUCAGAACCAUCUAUAUCAGACACACUUCCAGUUACCCAUCAGGGAAACCCUUUUGGGGAGAAAGCAAAUGUGCUAAAUGAGCAGCUGAAAACUAUGAUGAUUUUAACCAAAGUGCAGCAGAGUCCAAGCCAUUCUAAUUCCACUUCAGACACUCCAGCUAAUGAACUAGAUCUACAAGUUGUGAGAGAUAAAUGUGAUACUGCAAUGAAUGCAGAGUUUAGAAAAAUGAUGAUGGCCACCAAGGCUUUUGAAUCCCCCCACGGUGCAGAUCAGGAAAAAAGCCGCUGCUUUUUUACACCUCGUACAAAACGACGCCUCCAGUCCUCCAACUCUCGUCACAGUAACUCUUCCCUUUUUGAUGAAUCAGUGGAAAUGCCACAACGUGGAAGGAGAGUCAGGAGCCCAGGAGGUACAAUACAGUCUCCUUCCUCUUCACAAAUAUGUGGGUCUAGAAGAACUUUGUUUACCAGUAGUUUGGCCUCCAGAAAACAAACAUCAGAAGUAAGAGAAUCAGGACAGAACUCAUCAUUAAUAAUCUCUGAUAUUCCUACAGGUCCGAUUUCUAUGCGGGCUACUACCAACAAAUUAGUAGAUUCAGAGGCAACUCUGAACCUCAGUGACUUUCUUACAGAUGAUGUUUCUUCUUCGGAUACUGAAGCAAGAAAGUGUGGUCUGCAGCUCACAAAAGUUAGUGGAGACCCUGUGGUAGACCAAAUGGUUUCAGGGAAUACAUGGCUAACGGAGGAAGGAGAAGAUAAUAGUGGAGAGCUUGGUCAAGGAGACGUUAAUACACAGUUUAGCCAUUCUUUUCCAGUUUCACAGUCUAAUGACUCCUUAGUUCACAGUACACAGCUUGAAGAUCCGACAGGAAAACUUAUAAAUGGCGAUAAUAAACCACGUUACAGUUUCAGUAGGCUAUCCAGUAUUGCCAAAGAUGAAGAUAUGCAAAACACUUGCCAAUUAAAUAGAAUCCUUGACUCUGAUAGCCAAGUUGUGCCUUUAUCCCCUGGUGGACGGCCAGUGAAUAUGAGUAAGACUGAGUCUAUGGACUUUCUGUACCAGGAUAAGGAAAAAGGACACAAACUUAUAGAACGGCAUAUCUCAUGCACGGAUACGUCUUAUAGUAGCAGCACAGAAAACUCUGAUGAUACUGUCAUUUAUUACUGGAGGGACUACCAUACCGUCACGCAGAAAAUAAAUAAGUUUGAUUCCAAUAGGGUAGCUGUGGAACUCUACAGGCUUUCCAAUAAUGAUAUCGCAAGGAAAUUAAUGGAACUGGGGGAGGAUGUUGGACCAGUGAGCACCCAGAAUAGAAAAAUGUGCAUCUUGCUAUUAGACAAGUGUUUGAAGAAAUCAUCAAACCGAAAAACUCGCUGGAACACAGGGUACAACCCAGAGUUAUCCGUUGCUCUCCACACUUCUAAUAUUCCAGACUGUAGAAGUGAUGAAACUAUGCUUUCCCAGGAGUUUGACAAACCAGAUAAAACACGGAAGUGGCGAGAAGGGGUUCUGAAAUCCAGCUUCAAUUACUUACUAAUGGAUCCUAGGGUCACACAGAAUCUUCCAGCUCGGUACCAUUCUCUGUCUGAGAAUGAAUGCUUCCGUACAUUUAUUGGCUCUGUGUUUUACGUAGGCAAAGGAAAGAGAUCACGCCCAUACUGCCAUUUGUAUGAGGCUUUAACUCACUACAAUGACAGCAAUAAACAGGCAUGUCCCAAGGUGCAGCACAUUGUGGACAUCUGGAAGAGUGGCUUGGGGGUGAUCUCUCUGCACUGUUUCCAGAAUACAAUUCCAGUGGAGGCAUAUACAAGAGAGGCCUGCAUGGUUGAUGCCAUUGGGCUAAAGAUGCUUACCAAUCAGAAGAAAGGAGUAUAUUAUGGACAGGUGCAGAGUUGGCCUCCUGCUCGUCAAAGGCACCUUGGAGUGUUUAUGCUACACAGAGCAAUGCAAAUUUUCUUGGCUGAAGGAGAACGCCAACUGCGGCCUCCGGACAUACGCACUUGACAAUGACAACAGUGAAGGCAGACUGCUAGCUGGAAGCCAUAAAAAUUCAAGACUUAAAAGACUUGUCUGGUUUUACUUGAAAUCAUUUUUAUGUCCCAUUAAGUAGUGAUGGAGCCAAUUAUGUAGCAAGUAAAGGAACUGCUGCAACUUUCAAGUAGUAAAAAAAAUACUGUUUACAAUCCUAUUGAGUGCUGCAGCACCCUGGAGAAUAGUAUACCAACAUUGUUGGUUAUUCAGAAAACUUUAAAGUUUUAACUCACAAAAUUCAGUAUGCAGUACCAAGGGGCCCUUGCAAGUUUCCCCUGCUAGCCUGGUAUAUACAUAGAAUAGUUUGUGAAGUAAUCUUACUGAUUUAAUUAUCUGUUAUGCAGGUCCAGCCAAGCACUUCUUGAAUCAAAAGAUCACCAGUGACGUGCCUUUGUAGUGGAAUCUGUUAGAUAAAGUGAUAAUUGAACCUAGUGAGCUUAUGAGGCAGAAGGAGCUUGUCUGGUUUUGUAUACUGCAUGAGUUUUAUUCAGUCUCUUGACUCAUUGAAUCAUACAUUAAGCAUUAUACAGAACCAGCUCAGCCCUUCAUGCUGAAGAAGCUUGGUUAACCACUCUGCCUUGAGUGAAUAAACACUAUGUAACAUAUAGUUAAAUUAAUGACUUAAAGCCACAACGUUCAAACAAAUUCUGUCAAAUACUACAGCAAAUAAACCCAAUUAAUUUGUCAUGCACAAAUAAAGAAGGAAAUGAUUUGGCUGUUGGUAUUUAUCCUAAAACUACUGAUGUCUAAGACCUGAAUGUUUCAUAAGUGACAGUGUUUGCUACUUUUGGUUCUUCCAAAUUUGCUCAUCCCAAUAAGUCACCAGACUAGGUGUUUUGAUGUGGAGUUCAUUGUAGGAAAAUUUGUUUUUCUGCACACAUAUAUAUGUUUUAAAGAAGCCUAGACUUUUUUAAACAAUAGUAAGGUUUUGCAAAGCCUAUAUGACUUAAAUGCAUUUUUAAUUAUUAAUCAUUGAUUUAUUAAAAUAAAAACAAACAAAACACUGUUGCUUGAAGAAUAA